AUGGCGUCCUCCAUCCUCCCGGCAGUCUUCAUCCUCGUUUUCCUAAGUGGGGCCACAGCGCAGCUCUCCAAGAACUUUUACUCCAAGUCUUGCCCCGGCGUCUUCGACGCUGUGAAACCCGUCCUUCAGUCCGCGAUCUCAAAGGAGAAGCGCAUCGGCGCUUCCCUUAUCCGUCUCUUCUUCCACGAUUGCUUUGUGCAGGUAUUCCUCCUCCAUAUACUGGUGAGGGGUUAUCCUGACUCUUUGAAACUCUUCCCUCACUCGUGAGACUAUUUUUCCAGGGUUGCGAUGGAUCAAUACUCCUCGACGACACUGGAAAUUUUAUCGGGGAGAAGACGGCGAGGCCUAAUAACAACUCCGUCCGAGGAUUCUCCGUCAUAGACCGGAUCAAGUCCCGAGUCGAGAAGGUGUGCCCAGGCGUAGUGUCAUGUGCCGACAUUCUGGCGAUCGCUGCCCGAGAUUCAACGGUCAUAGUAAGUAUUCAUGCAAUGCAGAUCCUCUACAUUCAUAUUUCGUACGGCUUUAUUAGUUGAGCAUUGAUUCUACGUUGAAAGUAUCGAUUCAUUAAAAUAUAAAAACUCCCGCAUGUAUCAACAUAAAAAAUUAGUCAGUAGAUAUGUUCUACAGUAGCAUUGAGGAAUCAAAUCAUACGACGCUACACGGUUUAUUUCGUCAACUACUCUUAACAAAAGUCCUUCCUUCAUUGAUCCACCUCUAAUGCAAUCAACGAUUGAUGUGAAGCUCGGUGGCCCAAGCUGGAGAGUGAAACUGGGGAGAAGAGAUUCAAGAACAGCUAACAUUACUGCUGCAAACAGCGACCUCCCUCCUGGCAGUGCCAACCUCACUACCCUCGUCAGAAGUUUCAGAUCGAAGGGCCUCUCUACGAAAGACAUGGUGGCCUUGUCAGGUACAUCAGAUGUGAUCCCUCUUCUCAGGUUUUAAACGUAUUCUCCAUGUGAUUAAAUCAACGAUUCAACUCUACGGGUCGCCAAUUUAUUUAAAACUAAAAUAUUCAUAUUUAAAUAUAUUUACAUGUAUUAAUGUUCGUCAUCUUUGAAACCUAUCAGGAUCUCAUACAUUAGGACAAGCUCGCUGCGUGACCUUCAGAGCCCGCAUAUACAAUCAGACCAACAUCGACCCCUCCUUUGCUAGGACGAGGCAAUCUCGCUGCCCGAGAGCUUCCAACUCCGGCAACAACAACCUGGCACCUCUCGACGUCCAGACUCCCAAUGUCUUUGACAACAACUACUUCAAGAACCUGAUCGACCAGAAGGGUCUCUUGAAUUCAGACCAGGUGCUCUUCAAUGGUGGCUCUACCGACUCUCUGGUCAGAAAGUACGUCAGAAACCCCAAGGCGUUUGACUCAGACUUCGCCAAAGCCAUGAUAAAGAUGGGGGACAUCGCGCUACUCACUGGUUCUCAGGGAGAGAUCAGGAAGAACUGUAGAAGAGUGAACUGA